AUGGAGGGAGGAAGAGAGAGGAGGAUCGGUAGACGCAACGAUGCUGCUGGCAUCGCCCUUGUCGCUGCCAGCGAAAUCAGCGAGGCAGCACACACACACACACACACACUUCUUGAAAUGCCGCGUGGGGCAUCCCCACGUGCGCCUCCCCCGGACGCCCAUCCCCGCCCAGCGUCACAGCAGCGUCGGCAGCUGGUGCGUGCGUUGUGCCCGCAACAGCACCUCCACAUGCGCAAUGUCGUCCAGCACUGCAGCGAGAUGCUCGCCGAACUCCACAUCGCCCGUCGGCGCCGCGUCACGCCAGCAGUCGGCGCGCCGCCGCUCGGCCAAC